AGAGUAAAGAUAAGCUCAAUAGAGAAAUAUAUAUAUAUUUUUUGGCCAAAACGAAUAUUAAUUCGGACCCUUUUUGUAAUUUCAACCCCGAAUUAUAUUAAUUUAAAACCCCGAACCCGACAUUCCCGAGACGACUCAUUUAACUCGUUAAAAUCCGCUCUUCGUCCACCAAAUUCUUUUCUCUCUUAAUCGUCGGCGCCGCUACAGCUUAGCUCUUUUCACUAUUACUGAAUUGUAAAUUUGGUUCAUUAGGAUUCGGAGGAGGAGGAGGAGGAGGAGGAAGGGAAAUUGGGGGCGGGGGGAGGGUAUGGCGAUAUCGGAUGCGGUGAUUGGGAAUUUGAUGACGAUCUACGUGGCAGUGAUAGCGGGGAUAAAGGCGUAUGGUUUAGUAUGUGGGCGGAGCUUCAGUGGCGGGUUCGUGCUGAUUGUGUCGAGCAGUGUGGGUCUCAUCUUGGUCGGGACGCUGACUUGGGACGUCUCUCGUAAAGCCACGUACGCGAUUUCCCGUGAUCACGCUCCCGCGGUCCAUGUUCACGAGAUUUGCAAGGGUGGUAUUUGCUGUGCACGGCGUGGCGGUGCGUUCCCUGCUUCUCAGGUCCGGUUCAGGCUCCCUCAGCAAUUCCAUACGGUUCUUUGUAAAAAAAAAAAGUGAAUGAAAAAGUUGAAAAGCACGAGCCGAAAAAAAAAAUGGAAGAAGAAAAGGGGUAUUUGAGUUUCGACGCUGUAAGAUAUAAGGUUGUCUCUGGCUAAGACAAAAGCCUUGAGGUGUUUGGGUUGUUUUCUCCUUGAAUUUUGAUUGAGAGGAAUAAAAUAUUGUGUAUAAAGCUAUAAAAUAACAUACCAAAUGGAAGAUGUUUUGUGAAUAAAUAAAUAAAUGGUUCCCCGUUGCUCUUGGUUUUUUCUUUUGCACCGACCAAAGUUUGUUCUGUUGUACAAGUGCUUUCAAGAUGGAAACAGAGGAGUGAGGCAGAGUUUACAUGGUUUAAUUGCUCGGUUUGGUCGGCCUACCGACAACGAACGCAGCAUUUUUGCCAGGAGGAAGUCCAGUCCAGGAUUCUCAAAAAGGUUAUUGCAGUUUAUACGUUGGAAGAUGUCAGAGCUAGGGUGGCAAUUAUUACAGAUUUUUCAGGAAAAUAAGUAAGAAGAGCACUUCUGCUAAAAAAAAGCUGUAUUGAUACUUUUGUUCAUAUAAAACAGUUAAAGUAGUGCCCUAGUUAUGUGUGUAUUUUGUUGGUUUGUCUGUUUAGAACAAGCCAUGCUUCUUCUUGGCAGGUUGGGUUCCCUUUCUUUUGUCUUGUUUAUGGAUAGGAAAGGUCGUACCAGAAAUAAUUGCAAGGAUGAUGAUGGAUUAAUUUGGAUGGGAUGUGUAGCAGUCGGUAGCCGUCCCUCCGUUUUGAUGCCGAUUGGUGAAGAGAUACAGCUGCGGUGGCUGCUUCCAUCUAUUGAUUUCCAAAUCCCAGGGCAAUCCCCUUGGCGUAAAGCCAUCCAGGGACUCAGAAUCAGAUGUUGCUGAAAUAAAA